GGGGCCGUUGUAGGAUUGUAGGGCCAUUAUAGGGCCAUUAUGGGGCCGUUGUAGGAUUGUAGGGCCAUUAUAGGGCCAUUGUGGGGCCGUUGUAGGAUUGUAGGGCCAUUAUAGGGCCAUUAUGGGGCCGUUGUAGGAUUGUAGGGCCAUUAUAGGGCCAUUAUGGGGCCGUUGUAGGAUUGUAGGGCCAUUAUAGGGCCAUUGUGGGGCCGUUGUAGGAUUGUAGGGCCAUUAUAGGGCCAUUAUGGGGCCGUUGUAGGAUUGUAGGGCCAUUAUAGGGCCAUUAUGGGGCCGUUGUAGGAUUGUAGGGCCAUUAUAGGGCCAUUGUGGGGCCGUUGUAGGAUUGUAGGGCCAUUAUAGGGCCAUUGUGGGGCCGUUGUAGGAUUGUAGGGCCAUUAUAGGGCCAUUGUGGGGCCGUUGUAGGAUUGUAGGGCCAUUAUAGGGCCAUUGUGGGGCCGUUGUAGGAUUGUAGGGCCAUUAUAGGGCCAUUGUGGGGCCGUUGUAGGAUUGUAGGGCCAUUAUAGGGCCAUUGUGGGGCCGUUGUAGGAUUGUAGGGCUGUGCCGCUGUUGCCGUCCCUCCGUUGCCACCACAAACGGGCGGUGCCACCACGGGCAGUGACGCAGCCGCGGUGACACCCAAAGAUCCGCCCUACAGAUGGCACAGGUGUGGCUCUGCCCCAUAGAUCUGCCCCAUAGAUGGCACUGGGGGGGCUCUGCCCCAUAGAUGGCACAGCCCCCCGCGAUGGCGCCUCUCUUCCUCCUCCUCCUCCUCCUCCUCUCCCCCUCCCCGACUUCCGCCCACCCGGAUUUCGCCUACAGCGCCCCCAACCGCCCGGAGCCCCCCGCGAUGGCGCCUCUCUUCCUCCUCCUCCUCCUCCUCCUCUCCCCCUCCCCGACUUCCGCCCACCCGGAUUUCGCCUACAGCGCCCCCAACCGCCCGGAGCCCCCCGCGAUGGCGCCUCUCUUCCUCCUCCUCCUCCUCCUCCUCUCCCCCUCCCCGACUUCCGCCCACCCGGAUUUCGCCUACAGCGCCCCCAACCGCCCGGAGGUCCGCACCACCACCGGCUCCGUCCGCGGCCUUUUGAUCCCCGCCGGCCCAUCGGGUUCGACGGCCGCCGCCUUUUUGGGGAUCCCAUUCGCCGUCCCCCCUUUGGGACCCCUCCGUUUCCGUCCCCCUCUCCCCAUCCCGACCCCAUGGACCGGCAUCCGAGACGCCGAUUCGCAACCCUUUGCCUGCUAUCAGAUGGUAGACACCACCUUCCCGGGUUUCCAAGGCUCCGAGAUGUGGAACCCCAAUAGGGAAAUGAGCGAGGAUUGCCUUUACCUCAACGUGUGGACCCCAAAAAGGCGACCCUACAGAGCCCCCGUUUUGGUGUGGAUUUACGGGGGGGGUUUUUACAGCGGUUCGGUGUCUUUGGACGUUUACGACGGGCGCUAUUUGGCCGCGGCUGAGGAGGCGGUGGUGGUGUCCAUGAAUUAUAGGGUGGGCUCUUUGGGGUUUUUGGCCUUAGCGGGUCAUAGGGACGCUCCGGGCAAUGUGGGUUUAUGGGAUCAACGUUUGGCCCUGCAAUGGGUUCGGGAUAACGCGGAGGCGUUCGGAGGGGACCCCGAUUUGAUCACUUUAUUCGGGGAGAGCGCCGGGGCCGCCUCGGUGGGUUUUCACCUCUUAUCGCCCCAUAGCAAAGGGUUGUUCCGUAGGGCCGUCCUACAGAGCGGAUCCCCCAACGGGCCGUGGGCCACUAUAGGGGCGGCGGAAGGGAGGAGGAGGGCGGCGGCUUUGGGGAGGGCCGUGGGGUGCCCUUAUGGGAACGAGACGGAGUUUUUGGGGUGCUUAAGGGGGAAGGAGGCGGCGGAGCUGUUGGAAGGGGAAGGGGUGGUGAUGCCGCCCCAAAGCGUCUUUAGGUUCGCUUUCGUGCCCGUGGUGGACGGGGAUUUCGUGGUCGAUAGCCCCGAUGUGCUUUUGGGGGCCGGAGGCUUUGGACGACAUCGUGGGGGACCACAACGUGGUUUGCCCCCUGAUGGCCUUCGCCCAACGUUGGGCUCAGAGGGGGGGAAGGUUUACGCUUAUCUGUUCGACCACCGCUCCUCCACCCUAUUGUGGCCUUCGUGGAUGGGGGUCCCCCACGGUUACGAGAUUGAGUUCGUCUUCGGGCUGCCUCUGGAGCCCAGAAAUAAUUACACCAGGGAGGAGGUGGAGCUGAGCCGGAGGAUCAUGCGCUACUGGGGGAACUUCGCCCGCACGGGGGACCCCAAUGGGGGGGUGGGGGGCCCCCGCUGGCCGCCCUACACACCAUCGGGGCAGCGCUACGCCCACCUGAACGCCCGACCCCUUUCUGUGGGGCACGGCCUGAGGACGCAGAUCUGCGCCUUCUGGACCCGCUUCCUGCCCAAGCUGCUCAACGCCACCGGUCCUCCGGAGGACGCUGAGCGCGAAUGGCGCCUGGAGUUCCACCGCUGGAGUUCCUACAUGGGCCGCUGGAGGACCCAAUUCGAGCACUACAGUCGGCAGCAGCCCUGCGCCACCCUGUGAGCGGCCACGGAGACACCCCCAGGGACCCCAACAACACCCCCAGGGACCCCAACAACACCCCCAGGGACCCCAAUACCCUGGAGGACCCCAACAACAACCCCAGGGUCCCCAACAACACCCCCAGGGACCCCAACAACAACCCCAGGGUCCCCAACAACACCCUCAGAGGACCGCAACAACACCCCGAGGGACCCCAACAACACCUGGAGGACCCCAACAACAACCCCAGGGUCCCCAACAACACCCCCAGGGACCCCAAGGGACUCCAACAACACCCUGAGGGAUCCCAACAACACCCCGAGGGACCCCAAUACCCUGAGGGACCCCAGCAACACCCCAAGGGACCCCAACAACACCCGGAGGGGACCCCAACACCCCCAGAGACUCCAACAACACCCUGAGGGACCCCAACAACACCUGGAGGUGUCAAAAACAACACCCGGAGGACCCCAACAACACCCGGAGGGACCCCAGCAACACCUGGAGGACCCCAACAACAUCCGGAGGACCCCAACAACACCCCCAGGGUCCCCAACAACACCCGGAGGUGUCACCAACAACACUCUGAGGGACCCCAAUGACACCCAGAGCUGUCCCCAACAACACCUGGAGGACCCCAACAACACCCGGAGGGACCCCAACAACACCCGGAGGGGUCUCCAACACCAUCUCCAACACUGGGAGGGUCCCCAACAACACCUGGAGGACCCCAACAACACCCUGAAGGUCCCCAACAACACCCGGAGUGACCCCAACAACACCCAGAGAGGUCCCCAACACCCGGAGGGGUCCCCAACACCCAGAACUGUCCCCAGCAACACCCGGAGGGGUCCCCCACAACACCCGGAGGGGUCCCCAACACCCGGAGGGGUCCCCAACACCGUCACCAACACCCGGAGCUGUGAUUGUCCGCAGAGCGCCCCAUAGAGCCCCAUAACCACCCCAUAGGCACCCCAUAGGGCCCCAUAAGCACCCUAUAUGGUCUCGUAUCCACCCCAUAGUGUCCCACAGCGUCCUAUAACCACCCCAUACCCAUCCCAUACUGCCCCCCAGUGCCCCAUAGCCACCCCAUUUCCCCCCAUACCCACCCCAUGGUGCCCCACAGUGCCUCAUAGCCACCCCAUAGCACCCCAUAGCCACCCCAUAGCACCCCACAGCGCCCCAUAACCACCCCAUAGGGCCCCAUACCCACCACGUACCGCCCCACAGUGCUCCAUAAGCACCCCAUAGAGCCCCAUAUCCACCCCAUAGCGCCUCACAGCGCCCCAUAACCACCCCAUAGCGCCCCACAGCGCCCCAUAUCCACCCCAUAGCACUCCACAGUGCCCCAUAACCACCCCAUAGGGCCCCAUUCCCACCCCACAGGGCCCCACAGCGCCCCGCAGUGCCCCAUAACCACCCCAUAUGCACCUCGUAUCCACCCCAUAGCGCCCCACAGUGCUCCAUUCCCACCCCAUAGUGCCCCACAGCACCCCAUAACCACCCCAUAUGCACCCCAUAGCGCCCCAUAGCGCCCCAUAGCGCCCCACAGGCGGAGCUCUGAUGGUCCCCCACCACCCCCAGCCGUGGCUGUUGUGACACCCCAAUAAAGACUGAACUGAA